AUGGCUGACCAGACCGAGAAGACGGUUCCAGGUGCCACAGCAGUAGAAGAUGGACAGGAUCAGGAAACAACACCAUCGACGGAAUCAAAAGCACCACCACCAGCAGCACCCAAAACCUUUCGAUUUUGGGGAACAUUUGUCGCUCUCUGUUUACUUGCCUUCAUUUCUGCCCUCGAUGUCGCCAUUAUUACCACUGCCCUGCCCACUAUUACAGCCGAGAUCGGGGGGUCCAAACAAUACAUCUGGAUAGCCAAUUCCUUCGUCCUGGCGUCUUCCGUUCCUCAACCACUUUUCGGCCAACUCGCAAAUCUAUUUGGGCGAAGAAAACCCAUCAUCGUCUCAGUGGCAUUUUUCUUGAUUGGCAGUGGGAUCGGGGGAGGCGCCAUCAACCCCGCCAUGCUUAUAGCAGGCAGAUCGAUUCAGGGUGUGGGUGCGGGUGGGAUAUAUGUGCUCCUGGAUAUUGUCUGCUGCGAUUUGGUGCCAUUGAGAGAACGUGGGAAAUAUUUGGGCUUGAUGUUCUCCUGGUCGGGCGUUGCCGCCGCACUGGGGCCUGUUCUUGGUGGCGCAUUGGCACAAUCCAAUUGGCGCUGGAUUUUUUACUUGAACAUUCCAAUUUGUGGGUUGGCACUGGUUGCUAUCUUGUUCUUCAUGAGAGUGAAGGACGGCGCGAGUACUCGCGACGCACACCAGAACAAUCUCAUGACGAAAUUAAAAAAAUUGGACGUUCUCGGAAACCUUAUAUUCAUUCCCAGCAUGAUUGCCAUCUUACUAGGUUUGAUUAUGGGUGGUGUGGAACAUCCGUGGUCUUCAUGGAAAAUUAUCCUUCCUCUUGUAUUGGGUGGUGUGGGAUGGAUUGUGUUCCACAUUCAGCAAGCGUUUACUGAAAACCCGAGUGUACCUGCUCGAUUAUUCUCUAAUCGCACCUCAGCGGUAGCCUACGCCCUGACAUUCCUCUCCUCGGUUCUCGUUCAAGCAGCCUCAUACUUCCUCCCAGUCUACUUUCAAGCAGUCAAAAGUACCACAGUAUUCACAUCCGGGGUAUACUUUCUUCCUUUUGCAAUGGGUACACUUGUAUUCGCUACUGUCGCGGGUAUUGUUCUCGCCAAAACAGGCUCAUACCGUCCACUUCAUGCCAGUGCUUUCACACUAUCUGCCAUCGGUUUUGGACUUUUCACUUUACUAAAUGGCAGUACACCAAAAGUCGCCUGGGUUUUCUAUCAACUAAUCAAUAGCGCUGGAUCCGGUCUCAUCCUUUCCGUUCUACUCCCUGCCAUCAUGGCCGGCUUACCAGAAUCCGACGUCGCAUCAUCAUCUGCCGCCUACAGUUUCAUUCGUACAUUCGGAUAUAUCUGGGGAGUCACGAUUCCUUCACUGAUCUUCACCAACACUUUCAACAAGAAUCUCCACCUCAUACCCUCAACCACUCUCCAAGACAUGCUGAAGGACGGCCAAGCAUAUUCAUUCGCAAGCGAGGCACACCAUCUCCGAAACUCCGUCGACCCAAUAGUUUGGAGCCAAGUCGUCGACGUCUACUCCAAAAGCUUGAAAGUUAUCUGGUGGCUAGGCUUAGGAAUCAGCAUAUUUGGCUUCUUCCUCGUUGGCAUCGAGAAGGGUCUACCAUUAAGAAAUACGCUAGAGACAGAUUAUGGUAUUCAGGACGAGAAAAAGACAUCAGAUGCUGAGAGCGGCGAGGGUGUGGUCGAAAAUAGACCGGCUACAUAG